AUGGCUGAGAGACAAGUUGAACAAACGGCUUGUGUUGCCAAUCAAAAACGGACUGCCCUGGGGCUGCCUAAUUUAGUCGGAGAUGACAACCGUUCGGCAAUGGUUCUCAACCAACAGGUUCUCGACGAUGUCGGAGUCAUACUGAUGGUAGCAGCCAAGUCGAGAAAUCUGAAAGGCCCAUUUCAACGUGCCUUAAAAGAUGCUGCCACGUCAAUAAAAACAGUCGUGGAGGUCCUACAUAAGAGGUCAAUGAAUGAAGAAACGGCGAAAUUGCAGGCUGAUAACACCUGUCUGCGCAGUGAAAUAGAGGAGCUUCGUAAAGAGCUAUCUGAGAUGCGGCUUGAAGUGGCGAGGGUCAACAAAACACCUGCUCCACCAACUCCUCGGGUGCGAGGAGACAAGGAAAGAACCAAAGAACAAUCUAUCACUAAAGUUCCUAUGAUAUAUGUGUGUGGAGAAUGCCACAGAGAGAACGAAAUUAAACCAAGAGAUCCCAUACGAUGCAGAGAGUGUGGAUACCGUAUAAUGUACAAGAAGAGAACAAAAAGAUGUAUCCUUUUCAUAAUUUUAUAA